CUGCCGAGAGCGCGCUUCAGCCGGGAGGGGAGACGCCUCCUUUCCCCGGACUCUCCGUCGAGGUGUUCGCCGCCGGCGAUGUUCACCAGGGCGGUGAGCAGACUCAGCAGAAAGCGGCCUCCGUCAGAAAUAACUGACAACGACAGCAAGCCAUGUAGUAGCCAUCAGACCCUCAGUGGAACCACAAGAUGGGCUGAGUCACUAGAAAGUUUGCUGGAAGAUCGAGAAGGUGUAAAGAAAUUUAUGGACUUUUUAAAGAGAGAAUUUAGUGAAGAAAAUGUUUUAUUCUGGCAAGCUUGUGAAGACUUUAAGAAGAUACAAGAUGAAAAACAGAUGAAAGCAAAGGCAAAUGAAAUUUACAAACAUUUCUUGUCAAAUAAAGCUUCUUAUCAAGUCAAUGUAGAAGGACAAUCACGUUUGGAUGAAUCAAUACUGGAAAAACCUCACCCUCUGAUGUUUCAGAAACUUCAAGAUCAGAUUUUCAACCUCAUGAAAUAUGACAGCUACAACCGCUUCUUGAAAUCAGAUAUAUUUCUUAAAUUGAAGGAAACUGAAGAACAGGAAGAAAAUUCACCUGAUCCUCAGACUGCAGCAAAAAGAGCUUCUAGAAUUUAUAAUACAUGAUUGUAUCCACAACAAUCCAUAGAUCAUAUUGAGACUACAAUCAAAGUAAAUCAGUACUCAGGAAUAAUCUUUGUGGUUAACAUAGAUGCAUUUAGAGGCUUGAAUAGUAUAGAAUCCUCUUAGAUUAAAUUUACCUUUGGUUGCUUCAGUGAAUUGUUUCUUGCCAGUGCUUGCUUCUAGAUACAAUGAUCAAGGAUAUGACAGCCCUUGAAAGACUGAACAAUAUGUAAGUUCUUGCAAAUUGCCUCUAAUUUUUUAAAAAAUAUAUAUUUACUUGUAAGUCAUUUGGUAGGGGUGUGUGACAAAUGUAGCAUUAAAAAGUAAAGCAAGAAAGUAGAGAUAAUAAAAGGCAAAAGUUUCCCCUAUCCACUCUUGUCUGCCUCUAGGGGGCAGUACUCAUCUCCAUUUCUUAGCCAUGGGAGCCAGUGUUGUCUGAAGACAUUUCCAUGGUCAUGUGGUCAGCAUGACUAUAUGCCAAGGCGCAUGGAACACUGUUACUGCCCCACUAAAGGGGUACCUAUUUAUCUACUUGCAUUUGCAUUCUUUGCAAGUGCUCGGUAGGGCAAGUAAUGGGAGCUCACCCUGUUGUGCAGCGCUUGGGUCUUGAAACUGGGCCAUCAGCUUUCCAGCUAACAUGCUCGUCUUUAACUGCUGAUCCAUUGUGCCCCAGACUUUGAAACAGUCAUAAAGUUUUGUUUAACAGACUUUACGAAAACAUCUUGUUUUAAUUGCUGUGUGAAUUGAAUUAAUCAUAUCACUUUAGGUACCCAAUCCAUGGAUGGAUCAGAUCAAGAUAGUUUACAGUAGGUAUUUGGCUAGGACUUUUGUCUUCGAAAAAGUGCUUCCUGGACCCAUUUUAUAGUGUGUUUUUCUAUUUAAAAUUAAGGGAUCUAUUUUCAACUGCAGCAGAAUUACCUUAUAAUACCUACAUCUUUAAAAUACCUAAAUCUUUUAAAAAAUUCUCAGUAAUAAAACAAUAUGGACAAAUCUCGCAACAAUUCAACACUGAGAUUAUGCUACACAUGCCAUUUUUGUCUUGGCUAUCUUGAAAAUAUUUUUUUGCAGAAUUAUGAAUAUGGAAAUACACUGGUAGAAAUACGGAGUUAAUGGAAAUAUGUGGGCUGUGUAUGAGGUUAAACAGCAGUAUAUGGCAAGAAAGAAAUGUCAUACAUUUAGAAAGAAAUUGUGCUUUGCUGUCCUGUUUUUUAAGAUCACAUUUCAAAUACUGAUAAUGCCAAUGAAAUGGUAUAUGUUAGUAUGUGUGAGAGUAUUUUAUACUUGAUUAUGCUUGGGGCAUUCCUUCUUCAUGCUUGAGACUGAAGCAUAGUUUGUUAAUGUUUUGUCAUCUAUUGAAAAUUGAAGUACAAAAAUAAUAAUGAUGAUAAUAUGAUUGCAAACCUCAACCAAAAGCCUUACUCUCUGUUUUUCAGCUGUAAUAGCUGAGGCAAAGAAUCUAUUUUUAGUUUAAUUAUUUUUGUUUUAAUAUUCAUUUCACAAAAAAUAAUUGCAAUGCUGUUAAACAUGAGGAAACAAAUUGGGUUGCACACUUCAUUUACAAGUCCUGCAUGUGAAAUGUAAUUCUGGCUUACCAACUAUUUGCUUUUUUAUCUUUGUACGGACUACUUUAUUGUUCAGUUUAACUCUUUAAAUAUUUGUAAGUUUUGUUUAUUUGGGCAAGUAGCACACACUUAAUUUUUCUUUCUAGCUUUCUUCUCUAGAAGUCUGAGUCAUAAUGUAAUAUAUUAGGAAGAGAUAAGAUGCUUGGGUCAAAUUUCAGAACUGAUUAUAUGUACAAUAAAUGAUAGCAGCUAUAUUCUGCUUUCAUCUUAACACAGAGAUGAACCAGCAAUGAGUUGCUGGCUUAUUUAGUUCUCCCUGAAAUCACUGUAUAAUCAAGUGCAAAUCUACAUUUGUAGAUGUAGGCAGUAAUCUCCUGUAACUUCAAUUCAAAAAUGUCAACGAUUUCUUCGCCACAGACAUAUCCUGAAUGCCUUAUUGAUUUAAUUGUCUCUCUCUUAUACUAAAGGGCAAAGUGAUUAGGAGAAAACUUCUGUAGAUUAUAUAUAUUUUACAAAGGUAAUCAUGUCUGCAGAAGAUAAGGGUUUCAAGGAUGAUUCAGGAAACAGGGAAAAUGCCAUUGUUUUUUCUAUUUCCAUGAACUGCAUUGAGACUAGUUUUACUGUUCAUGAUAAGCCAUUAUUUGUUUGUUUUAAUCAUCUUUAAUAUAUUUAAAUGAAAGGAUAUAUACAUCAUACUAAGCUAUAAAAGUUGGAUUCACACGUUCACUGUAUGCCAAAAACAAAUAUUAAUAUCAAAUGGUAUGGUGUGUGAACCAUCCUAGAAGGAAGGAAAAAAUACCCUGGAUAAGUAUUGAGGCUGAAGUUAACAAAGGUUGGAAGCAAGAGCCUGAGAUAAGAUAGGAUCACUAUAAGAUUGCAGGUAUCUUUAACAUCCAAAGCUUAAUAAGUGAAUGGCAAGAAAUCUGUUACCAUGUAAGGGUGAGAGAGAUUUAGGAUUUAAACCCUAUUUCUAUCUCCUUGCUGUGGAUUUUUUUUAAUUGAGUAGCUUAAUUUUUUUAAUAUUUCAAAGUUCUGCUUACCUUUGGACCUGUAGUGCACUAACUAUUAAAUAUGACCAGAUUGUUAUACACUGCAAUAGCUGAUAAUCUUCAGAAACAGAGCUUCUUUGAUACUUAUUUUAAAGUCAGCUUCCCUUUCUGAGCUGUAAGUUCCUAAGUGAGGCUUAAAACUGAGAGGUUUAUUUCAAUAUUCAAGGUGAAUCUCUGACAGCAAGAUCACUUAUUCCUUGUGCCAACUUUAUGGAAGGAUAAAAGGUACUCAUGAGUUAAGGAGAAAACUAUGGCUACCAACCUUCCUACAAACUGGUGCUUAUUUGACAAUUUUGUGUUGGUUAUUUAUAUUGAUGGUAGAAAUAAUGAAUGAAACUGAGAAAUACCAUACGUUAAUUUGAAGCGUGCAUGGACAGAGACCUAACGGGAGUUUGCUAGUAGAUUUUAAGAGGGGUACCUCACCAAUUUUCUUUUUAAGUCAACAGUAUAUGCCUACCAUGAAUCUAAAAAAGCAGUAAGAGGAUAUUCUGUGUCUUUAUACUAGCUAUUUCUAAGUGUCAGCCUUUUGAGGUAGUUUAGUCAAGAAGUACAGACCAUAACUAUUAACACUACUUUAUGGUAAGUUUAGAGUCACAAAAUGUCACUAGUCUGAAAAUACAUAUGGAUUGUCUUUACAAUCCAAGAAACUAGAAAGGGUUUUUGAGCUGGCACCCUCCCAUCUGUGGGCUCAGUUGCUUUUUAUCAGACUCUUCAUGGCACCUCUUCCUCUUGUCUCUCAAAGACAUUCUAACAGAUAAUUACAUUACAAAGUUUGUGAUAUGUAUCUGUAUCCAGCCUCAGAACAACUGGCAUAUAUUUGCAUCUUAUGGUAGUCUUUAAAGGAGAGAACAGCAAGAUUCCAUAGUUUAGUGAGCAAGAGAAGAUAAAACUUUUUAUCAAUUGAAAUGGCUGCGCUGCAACAGCAACAGAUCAUGGAAAUAAUUUUCCUGAAAGAAGACAACCAAGGAACAAAUAACCAGAAGGAAGAAUAAUAACCAGAAGGAAGAGACAAAAUAUAUUCUAAACUAUUAGAGCUGUUUGGAUAUAAGGAAACAAUAUAAGACACUAUAAAAUACAUUAGAGCAGAUAAUGCAACUGUGUCCCACAAGAAGUCAUAGACUAAGAAAUGAUACCUUAUAAUGAUGAAUCAUAACAAAUAUGUACUGACUAAAUCUACCACCAUUUAAAAUAAGCUGUAUUUCAGGAUAAAAGAAAUGACAAUUUGAAAGAUUGAUUAAGCCACUGACAAUUAGCUGUUCUUGCUAAUGAACAAAUUAUGCUGUAAAAAUAACAGCUACAGUUAUACCACUACAAAGUUUGAGGAAGUAAGACAGAACCUCAAGAAUUCUCAACUAUUGUUCUCGUCUAUUGAAGACAACCAAAAAGUAAAUAAUGUAAGACAACCAAAAUAAUGUAAAUAAAUGUAAGACAACCAAAAUAAUGUAAAUUAAUGAAAGACCUCAAAUAAUGUACAAAAGACCUGUGAGGCCAAGUAUUGUAUCCUUCAGUUUCUAUACUCCAUUGUUCAAAAGGAAUAGAAGCAAUAUAAAAAGAGUUUGUAUGGUAUAUUAAAAUAUCCACUCUUGCUGAGAAAUUCAAACAAGGACAGAGGUGUGGAGAGCUUUAAAUUAAAUAAGUGAAGAAACAACAGAAUUUUCUUCAGAAAAUUCUUGAUGUCUUCUGGACAAGUUUCUUCAGAGGAUUGAAUAUAUGGCACAAGAGAAUUGACCAUCUUGUCCAAGUGCUACUCAAUGGGAAGGACUUAGUUGAGGAAGUAGAAAUAAUACAAAUUUUAGUGGUUAUGCAAUGUUUGUUUUUUUAUUUUAAGGGAAUUGAACUUAGCUAACUGCUUACUAGAACAUUUGAUAAACUCAGAAACUGCAAAUGAAAAUUCUGUGGCAGGAGAAGCUUAAAAAAUAAUAAUGGAUGGAAGUUUUUAAAAUGGAAAUAUGAAAGCACAAUUUAGACAAUUCUAAUAAGGCACAUAAGCCAAUACAGUUCAAAAAGCUUAACAAAGAUCAGAGAACAAAAAAAAUCAUGUCAGAAAUGGAAACAAGGAAAGCAAGUAUAUUAGUGCAUCGUAUAAUUAAUCUGGGCUCCAUACCACAUUCAACAUUCUGCCUCCAUGAUCAUCAUAGUUACAUUGGAUAUUCGUGCCUAUAAGCAAGCUGAUUAAAUUGUCUGUUUUGCCUUGUGCUGGGUAAGCUAUUCUUGUUCAAAAAAUUAAAAAUUAAUAUAGACCUGGAUGCAAAAUGUUGGGAUACAGACAUUUAGACAGAAUAUGUAGGUGCAGAUCCCUAUGAAUUAACGUGUAACAGCUGGGUACUACAGAAAGAGAUUUGACUAAGCCUCUAAGUUUUGGACAAAUGCAAGUACAUCAGUGGAAGGUUUAGUAGCUAAACUCAAAUAACUUAGAUGGCUUCUUAGAAGCGAAUAGGUGUCUCUGCUUUCUCGAAUCUAAUGCCUACCAGAUUUUCAGUCUACAUAUUUUGGAAACUAUAAUCCUACAACAUUUGCAGGAUGUCAGAUUGGGAUAAAUUGAUCUAAGGGCUGUUUAUGCCUCCAUUUAAUAAAAAUUGCCUAUAUUCUAGGCAAUACCUUUCUAAAAAAAUGCAUGUGACAGACUAUAGGAGUUACUAUGUAUAUCAAUUUGAAAUAUUUUGCAAAGGUACUUGGAAACAUUUGGAUAUAAAUAAUUACUCCCUGAUAUUUGGUGUAAUCCAUCUUGACAGUUUUGAUUUGAAUAUUUCAAUGCUAGUUUUACCUACCAUAUUUAAUUUCUUUUUAGCCAGUUAAAUAAUGUAUAUGAUACGUUCAUGAAUGCCUAUUGAAAUAUUCAUGUUUUGAUAAUCUGAACAUGUUAAAUUUGUGCACUUUAUACAGGUAGUCCUUGAUUUACGAUCCCAGUUGAGCCUAUAAUUUCUGUUGCUAAGUGAGACUUAAUUUCUUGUUAAGUGAGUUUUGCUCCAUUUUAUAACCAUUCUUGCCAUAGUUAAGUGAAUCCCUGCAGGUGUUAAGUUAGUAACAUGGUUGUAAAAUGAAUCUGGCUUCCCUAUUGACUUUGUCAGAAGGUCACAAAAGUUGAUUAAUUGACACUGCAACUGUCAUAAAUUUGAGCCAGUUGCUAAAUUUCCAAAUUGUGAAUAUGUGAUCAAAAGGAUGCUACAAUGGCCGUAAGUGUGAAAACUGGUCAUAAGUUCCCUUUUUUUAGUGCUGUUGUAACUUUGAACAGUCACUAAACAAAUGGUUGUAAAUCAAUUACUACCUUUCCUACUAUGUGGAAAGUAAUAUGAUAAUCUGUUCUUCAAAUUGCAAGAUUCAUUUCGUCUUCCCUAAUCAAGUCUAAAAUGAUGGAGAAUCACAUUCACAUUAAUAAAUAAAUAUGUAGUAGCAUGGCUGUCAA